AUGGACAUGCCUUUCGAUGUUAGUGAACCUCAAGUUGAAGGACACGACGGCUUUGCCAGAUUCUACUGGAAACAUGACGAACAAUUGCAUCCUUUGAGAAGGAAAAAAGGAAAAGGUGAAGACGCACAUGCUCCCAUGGAAAGAACAAGAUAUGCAUAUGAAAAGUACCGUGAAGUUAGAAGUCAAAUUACAUCUGGUCGAACCUUUACAGUAAACUUUGACGAAGGAAAGAACAAAGAAGGCUUCAUGGGAGUACUUGCUGCAAUUCAAGACGGAAAUAAGAAAGGACACAAUCUCAGAUUGACCAUAACAGAUUUGGAUGGUCACAUUUACUAUGCACAUGGCAAUGAACAAACAGCCGCAAAACUUCUUGACGCUUUCAAGACUACAAAGAGAGAACAAAUGGUUGACUCCGACUCAGACAUUUUGAAUGCAAUUGAAGGAAUUGCAAGUGUCAAGUUCGAAUGGUACCAACCUAACCCUCAAGCAGUCAGACAACAUGCUGGAUACUUCCCGUUCAUAAAUAAGUCUGACAUUGACUUGACAAGGUAUGGAAUUUACAAUUCAAUUGAAACAAUUGUCAAUGAACCUUGCAUUCUUACAUGUCUCAGGAACUCUGGUCUUGUUACAGAUGAGAAGAUGAAGUAUCUUGAGUCAUGCGUGAAGACAAGGUACAUUCUCAGAGGUCAAUUGGCAAAAAUUGCACCGUUGGCAAAUGUCAAUAUCCGAGUCAACAUACCUACAGCUAAAGGUUCUUCACAUGACGACUAUGUUGUUGACAAAGACUUACCAUGGUUGAAGAUUGUAAUUGUCCACAACCACUUCAUGUUGAACGAAAGUCUUACAAACCCAUUCUUUGGUAAAAGUAAGUGCAACAUUGUCAGAGCUGUAAACAUUCUUUUCGAGAAAGGUUUGUUGGAACCAAUUCCAGAUGACAAGCUGACAGAAACUUUUGUACCAAAAGACGAAACAAACUUUUCAUUGUUAGCAAGACCAAAAGUUGUUCCAGACAAAGUUCUAGUACAAAAGAAGUACACAGUUCCACAAGGG